GUGCUGCCCUGGCGCUUUAUCGAAGCGGGAGCAGUCACAGUGAGCAAUGAGUACCCGGAGGAUGAUACUCCUGCGGAGGCUCAAUACCUUGCUGUCUCCAACCGUUUUGGCUUCACAGCAAUCUACACUUGGAAAUCACACCUCUUGUUCGCCAAGACAAACCGCCUUGUCGACUUGGCCAAGGCCAAGGCCAACCUGUUGGAGGGCGCCGCCGCUGAGGUCGUACAAGCUCCCGUGAAGGGAUUCGUGAAGGGCCUCUAUCUCUCCAGCGACGAGCUUGUACUGGCCUUGGCGAAGCGGCGAUCCGUACUCUUCUUUUCUGCCAAGGCACUAGAGCAAAAGAAUCCGGCACCACUCGGCAAGGUGCGCAUCUGUGCCUCCAAGGACGAGACGGUAGCCCAACUCUCGUGGCAUCCGAUCAUCCCCAAUCUGCUCCUUGCGCUCAACUCCAAGGGCAAAGUGACCCUCGUCGACUCGGCAACCCAGCGAUCAUUUGAUUGGGGCGCUGGGCUGCCGGGUCAGAUCGUGUCCCUCACCUGGUCGAUCUCGGGCAAGGCGGUCAUAUGCGGCACCAAGGGCGGUGAUGUGCUGUGGGCCAGCAAAGAUGGGCAGCUCCGUGGGAAGUUCCCCAAGCCGGAAUCCGCCUUCUCCGGAGAAGAAUGCGAAGCGCAUCAGGUGCUGAACAUCAGCGCUCGGACGAUCGGCGUAGCUUAUCGCCCCGUUGAAAACCCUGGCGACAGCAUGUUCUAUUACAUGGAGCUGCCUAAGGAGGCGUCGGAGCAAGCCAAGGUGACCCAAUUGAGCUACCUCGGCAUGGGCAAUCCGCAGCGCACAAGCUUCUACCACUUCGGAAAGGUCAAGGACUGGGGCCUGCUGAUGGUAGGCGGCAGCAAUUUUGCCGAGAUCGAGGUGCUCAGCACCGAGAACUCCGCGAGCACCGACGAGCCAUUGGAUCCCCUGUCCCUGAACGACUCGUUCCGCGCGCAGGUGCCCAUGAGAGCCGAGGGUGAUAACCACUUGAUCGGUAUGGUCUUUGACUUCACCAAGCCCGAUCCGAUGCCCGACCCAACGAACGCGGACCGGACACCCUUUGCGCCUUCUCCCGUCCUUUUCCUUCUCAUUGACGAGGGCAAACUCCUGGCAUACGUGUUUGUGAAGACGGACCUCCCCAAGGACGAGAACCUCAAGCUGCCCUUCAUGAUACAGCCCGUUCCCAUUCCUGCCACACAGACCGUUCCCCCUCUGACCGCGAAGCCCGAGCUCGUCCCGUCCGUGGCACUCACGGCGGUUCCGGCCGAGACGAACGCCGGCGCCGCCUUCACCUUCGGCGCUCCGACGCCUGCCCUGCAGGGGAAGAAGCCUGAGGACACAGCGACUAAACCAGCUGCUGCGCCCGCCUUCUCCUUUGGCGCGCCGUCGGCGACCGCGGCGCCGUUAUCAGGUGCUGGCGCUCCCCCGUUCACGCUCGGACUCCCCAAGCCGGCCGCCGAUGCGGCCAAGCCCGCGCCCGUCGGACUCCCCAAGCCGACCCCCACCGCAGCGACGGCUCCUCCGCUAUUCCCCGCGCUCGGUGCCGCGACAGCUGCGCCGCCUUUCUCGUCGUUCCCGUCGGCUGCUGCCGUCCAGCCCGCAAAGCCCAAGCCGCAGGAGGCACCCACGUUUAUCCUUCCCUCGCCUAUUACGGAGCCCAGACUGCCCGCAGCCCAACCCACGAAACCGACCGCCGUCCAGCCUUCUGUCGCUACUGCGCCGACAUCCCGCGCAGCAGUGGCUGCUGCGGCGGCCGGCGCUGGACCCAAGCUCGCAACACCCGCCCCCGCCGUUGCUGCUGCGCCAAAGCCGCGUGAGCCUGUGCCGCGCCGACCUGUCGUCGGCGAGGGAGGCGAUGCACGAGAUCUUCAGAAUCAGUUCAUCGAGCACAUCGCCAGCUUCGAGCAGGUGCUCGACGAGGUGCGCGCUGCGGAGAAGGAGACUGCGAAGCUGAUGCACAAGAUCGAGAAUGGCCCCGCAACGCCAGGCGAGUUCACCCAGGCCGGGCUUGUGCACCUGCGCAACUUGACGGAUCAAUUGGUCGAUGACCUCAACGCAAUCACUGAGCAAAACUUGCAGCAGCAGCGCACGCGGAAGGAGGUUCACGACGACUACAUGGAAGCUAUGGGCCUGUACACCGAUGCCGACAGUCUCUUCCAUGCCAAGACCGACAGGCAGUACCAGCUGCUGCUCAACAAUCGCAAGCUGGACUCCGAGUCGGCGGCAAUGCGGAAGAACAUCCACAAGCUGUACGCCGACGUGGAGACCAAGAUCGCCGAGGUCGAGACCCACUUGCAGCGCAUGUGGGACGUGCAGAGGAGGAAGGAGAAGAAGGGUAUGCGCGUGCCGGUGGGCGACACUCUGUAUCGGACGCUGAAGAGCUACGAGGAAAUAGCGCAGACGCAGGCGGUCAAGCUGCAGGACAUGAUCGAGGAUUUCGAGAAUCUGAAGAUACAGAACGAUCGGCUCUCCGUGUUGGACAGAGAGCGGAAUGGCGAAGAAGAGGAAGGCGCCCCGCGCCGCCUGGGCGCCGAGCUGCCAGCCACGCCCAGCGGCAAGGUCUACAACCAACGCAUGAAGGAGCUGAAGAAGAUCAUCACCCAACGCGUGCGCAACACCCCGCGGCGAAGCCCCGUCGGCAAGACCCCGGCAGCAGCCACCGGUGGCAGGCCUGGCACGCAGCCAGGAGCCAGGUCUGCUGCGGUCACACCGAGCACUCCCUCGUUCUCGUCGGCGAGCGCCGCGCCGGUUCGCACGGCGACCGACAAGCCCGCGCCUCCCCUGCUGUUUGGCGGUGAGAAGCCGGCGGCGGCGGCCAAGCCCGCUGCUGCCGGGCGCUGGGAUCAGGGUCCGGCCACCACGUCAUCAUCGCAGCUCGCCACCCCGUCGUCGGCCCUCUCCUUCGGCGGGCCGGCUGCAGCGUUCGGCAGCGGAGGCUCGACGCCGUCGUCCUUCUCCUUCGGCACAUCGCUGACCUCGGCCGCUGGCAGCGAGAAGCCCAAAGCUGUGGGCACGACCUCUGCGACGACUGCAGCAGCAGCCGACAAGGGCGCGGCGGCGGCCGGUGGGUUCGGUGGUGGCUCGUUCUCGCUGCCGUCGUUCAACGUGCCGGAGACGAAGCCCAUCUCGGUCUCCUCGCCCACCUCUCCGCAGCAGCGGCUCGUCCCGGUCAACCUGGCGUCGGCCUACUCGCGGUCGGACAGCGACGAAGAGGACGAAGGUGAAGAAGGUGAGUACGACGAUGAAGAGGAGGAAGAUGAGGAAACCGAUGAGGGCGAGUACCCCGACGAAAGCGAGGAUGAGUACCCGGACCUCGCCCGCGGCUCUGGCCAGAAACCGGCCCCGACUUUCGCAGCGACUGCUCCCGCCAAACCGAAGGAAGCAACCACCCAGCCCAGCGGUGCAAGCUCGCUGUUUGAUUUCAAGCCGUUGCCCAACCCACUGGCAUCGGUGGCCGGAGACGUGCGGCCUCCCGGCGAGUUCUCGUUCGGCCCCUCCGUGGCGCCCAUCACCUCGUCGGCCGCCAAAAAGGGCGACACCACCACCACCGCCGCAGCCGUCGCAACCGAUGCCACCAAGCCCAGUGGCGCGACACUCGGCGCCACCUCCUCCGCUGCCACACCCAAGCAGCUUGGCAAGUCGCCCGUGGCCAAGUCACUCUUUGGCAGCACCGAUGACGCACCCGUAAGCUUCAGCUUCGCCGGCUCGGGUGCUGCCUCCUCGGCUGCGCCGCUCUCCACCGCUGCCGCACCGCUAUCGUCGACUACGCCUGCCUCGUCGUCGUCUGCGCCCUUCGGCUCUUUCUCUCUGCCGAAGCCCGACGCAGCCGCUCCUUCGAGUGCGAGCGCUCCCGCUUUCUCGUUCGCCUCCACGUCGGCCGCCACUGCGCCGGCCACACCCGCAGCCACGACGCCCGCACCUGCUGCCGCCGCAGCCGCAGCCGCUCCUUCGAGUGCGAGCGCCCCAGCUUUCUCGUUCGCCACCACGCCGGCCACUACAACGACGCCGGCACCAGCCGCCGCCGCUGCAGCUUCUGCGCCCGCGGCGGGCAGUUCGACUGCCGCUCCCGCACCGUUCAGCUUGUUCUCCUUCGGCGGCGGCAUCACCGACAAGCCGGCGCCCACGACCGCGACGCCGGCUGCCGCCGCCAGUUCUACGUCGGCCUUUGGUUCGUUCUCGUUCUCGUCGACGCCCGCGGCGGCCACUCCUGCCGCCACCGCUGCUGGCGCUGCUCCCGUGGCGGCCGCUCCAGCUGCGGCGGCGGCGGCCCCGACCGGAGCCUCGCCCUUCGGAUCCUUCUCGUUCAGUUCCACGCCAGCCGCUCCAGCGUCGGGCGCUGCUGCUCCGUUCGGUGCGGCUGCCGCGCCCGCUGCGACAGGCGGCAUGUUUGGCGGCCUGUCAUUGGGCACCAGCCAGCCUUCGUCGACGCCCGCGGCCAAUCCCUUCGGCUCGGGUCUCUCGACCACCACGCCCGGAGCCUCGGCCACCACCAGCGCCGCUCCCGGCCUCUUUGGCGCCUCCACGCCGAGCGCCUCCUCGCCCUUCGGCGCCUUUGGCGCGUCUGCAGCGACUCCCGCGAGCGGCGGCGCCUCCGGUGGUGGUGGCAUGAGCCUCUUCGGGGCCACGUCGAGCCUGCCCACGCUGGCUUCGGGCACGGCUCCCGCCUUUGGCAGCACCUCAUUCGGAACGCCUGGCGCCGGCGCCGCGGGAGCCUCCCCUUUCAGCAGCGGCGCCUCGACAACCGCAGCUCCGGCCUUUGGUGCGACCAGCUUCGGCUCGACGCCGAGCACCCCGGCCUUCGGUCAGCCGGCAUUCGGCGCGCCGAGCCCGCUCAGCGGCGCCACUGGCGGCGGCUUCGGCACUCCGGCAUUUGGUGCGACCAGCUUCGGCUCGGCGUCGGCCGCUCCCGCAGCCGGCGGCGCCGGACAGCGCACCUUUGGCAGCGGAUUCGGCGGUGCGGCCGGCGGCGGUGGCGGCGGCUUCGGAAGUCUCGCCGGGACGGGUGGAGGCUUCGGUGCUGCGGCUGGCGGUGGCGGAUUCGGUGGCGGCGGUGGUGGCUUUGCCAGCCUCGUGCCUUCGGCGGGCGCGUCACCCUUUGGCUCAGCCCCUUCUGGUGGCGACGUCUGGGGCGCCAUACGCAAGUGA